CGAAGUAGUAGCUUAUCAGGCUACCUGACGAACGAAACACACCACCCGAUGGGUCGCGCUAACGACAAAAUACGGAUAUCACGGAAAUAGAAAAACGGGCCUGUUACCAUGGACAACACUUGUAGUCUGGAAAAAAUACAUAUCUUUUGGUAAUUUAGUAAUAUUUUUCGUGUUUUCUUGUUUGUACUUUUCGUGAAGAAGGACAACAGUAGAGAACUGGGUGCGUUUUUGGAUAAUGUUUCACCACUAUGGAGACAUCGCCAUUUCAACAUAUAGGGAUCAUCUGUCAUAAGAAAUAAAUAAAACUAAAAACCAUGAGAAAUCUGGGCAUAUCAAAGGGAUGUUUCCUGCUAUGUUUUGCGCUUUUAAUAUCUCAUGCUGAAGGAGCAUGUGAUGUGCCUAAUUUUGUAACAAUAAAAGAAGAUGCCUCUGGUAGUAUACUGAACAACUCAAUCCCGAUUGAAGAAACAUUCACGUGGAAUAUAAUUGAAGUAUCUGGGCAUCCAUGGAGUACUCUGUCUAUUGAAAUACGAGCAAAAAUACAGGAAUAUUUUCUAUCAAAUAGAAACAAUGUCUCUGUAUCAAUAUUUGUCACGAAACCAAUUGAUAAAGAAAGCCUGUUGGACUUUAUAGGGUUGGUUGUCACUAAUGUGAAACUAAGAAUAUCUUGCGGUGCGACAUCUACCGUUACGGACAUGAUAGUUAUUGUGGAGUCUGUGAACGAAUUUCCACCCGAGUUUGGAAAAAACUACUAUCAUAUAAAUGUGAACGAGAGUACAGCCGUGGGCUCUUUGGUGUACACAAUAAGUGACGUCACAGACAGGGACAUAGAUGAGGCUGAUAAUUCACUAACAUACACCAUAUCCAAAGACCUUGAGGAAUUUGACGGUACUCCGUAUUUUGUCAUGAAAACUGGAACAAGUCCCGAUAUCAUGCUCCAAAAGGUCGUAGACUACGAUGCCAUAGUCGCAAGUGGGAAGAUACCGACGUUCCUCAUCCGCGUAACUGUCCAGGACCAUGGGGGACGGAGAGAUGAUGCUCUCUUUAACUUUACGAUAAUCAACGAAGACGACCUUCCACCUGCCUUUAUCAUUCCCAACUGUGACAGUGGAUGUACUCCGAGUUAUACGACAAUCGUCCCAGACGGCUUUAGGGGUGCCCUGACUAAUGUUACACCUGCAGCUCUAAAAGCUGUUGACCAGGACAAACAACAUGCUGUACAAUACAGUCUUCUUAAUGACUCUGCUGGGUAUCACAGUGCGUUCAGGAUUGACCCAAACACUGGCAUCAUAUCUGCACUUUCUCCGGUUUUGUCAACAGUAGCUUUGAUCGUCAAGGUGACAGAAAUCUCCGCCCUUCAAAGAUUUGCUCUUGCCAACAUGCUGGUUAAAACGAACUCUUCAUCAGGGAGUCAGCCUAACGUGGGAAGGUCAGUGGUGAAGGAGACAGACGACAAUAUGACGAUAAUCGUCAUCGUUGUUGCCAUCGUUGCUGUCAUUAUAAUUGGCGCCCUGGUUUUGGCGCUAGUGAUAUAUUGCAAAAGACAAAGAGAGAAGAUGGUAAAACCUGGCGACGUAAGUUCCAGUCAGUCCACGUCUCGCGAUGCCCUUCAAAACGAGAAGGAACUCAGCAAUAGUAGACAGGAGCUGUUACAAUCGUACGCCAUGUUUAUGACGUCAUCUGAAGGCAAGGGUAACGCGUUGCCACCAAUAACGACUGCGGACAUGAUGAUAGGAACCGACGAAUUCAAAAAACGUUCGAGAAAACGAAGGAAGAAGGAGCAAGAGAUAUUUGAUGGGACUAGAAAAUAUGAUAUGGAGGCCGAUAUUGACUUCUUCAGGCAGGGCACAAAAUCUAAAAUUAAAAGAUCUACGCGAAGUAUCAAAGAACAAAGACUGGAUCCUAAGUACUGGAUCACUGUCCAAAAUGGCUAUCUUGAGUAGUGUUGUUUUGAUUCGACUAUUGUGACGAUAUUAGACAAGUGCCAUAAGUAGACUGUGAUACAUUAAGGUGGCUUUUUUUUUUUAUCAGGAAACAUUGCAGAGCUUUUCUUUUUGCAAAAAAGUUAUUUUUAAUUUUUCCUAUUCGUAGACAUGUAAAAUGAACAAAUAAAUGUAGAGUAAAGUGUGUUGUGAAUGUGGAAUAAAGCGUGUCUUUUUAUGUCAA